CCCACCGUUUACACUCGCCUCUGGAGAUAGAAGAAUUACUGAUCAUCUCCCGCCAACUUUGCCAACCAGAACAACUCAACUCCUCCAAAAUGUCCUCGCCUCAACCUCCUCCACCUCCACCGCCCAACACCCGCCGCAUCAUAACCCACAACGCCUCCCGCACCGCCACCAUCGCCAUCAACGCCCCAAAAGAGCCCACCGCCCUCGCAGACGGCACAUACCUCAACGCCCUCUGGUCGUCCACCGAGAUCCCCGCCACGAUCGACCAGGACCCAACCAAGAUCCAACCCGAAUCGACCGCCGCCACAAACAGCGGCUCCGUCUUCUGCACCUACGAUCUGCCCCCGCGAUACGAGGGGCCGAUGCAUCGCUCCGUCACCCUUGAUUAUGUCACCGUCACCCGGGGCGUGGUCACGCUGAGCACGGAUGAUGGGUCCACGGCGACGCUGCAGGCGGGCGAUACGGUCGUGCAGAGGGGCACCAUGCACAAGUGGGGGAAUCCGUCGGAUGAAUGGGCUAGAUUGACUUCGGUGAUGGUGCAGGCGCGGCCGGUCGUGGUGGAGGGGGAGGAGAUGGGGGCUGUGUGGCCAUUUUAGUUUCUUUGGUAUUGCAGGGGUGAGAUGUGGUGUUCGAUUUGUUAAGCGCAGCAGUUUGUGGGCUUGUACGGCUAAAAUCACUGUGCUGGUG